AUGCUGAUCCUGGACCCACUAUGGCUAUUGCCGGGUUGCCUCGUGGUCGCAGUACUUCUGUACUUCCGACAAGUGUACAGAUUGUUUAAAAGGCGAGGUGUAAAGACACCACGGGUCAUCCCGCCUUUUGGCACCACGGUGAGCGUAAUGGCACAGCGGGAGCAUUUUGCUGAACAGAUUACAAGAGUUUAUAAACAAUUCCCUGAUCAGAGAUUCUACGGAGCGUUCCAGUUCACGAAGCCACUUCUGCAGGUGAGGGACAUCGAGCUGAUCAAGAAGAUCGGCAUCGAGGACUUCGAACACUUUAUCGACCACAACAGUUUCGUCCCAGAAGAGUACGACCCGCUUUUCGGGAGGAACCUAUUCUCUUUAAAGGAUCAAGAAUGGAAAGACAUGCGAUCGACUGUCAGCCCUGCUUUCACCGGCUCCAAAAUAAAGAUGAUGCUGCCACUAAUAAUGGAAGUUGGAAAUCAGAUGAUCUUCUCUCUUAAGAAAAAAAUAAAGGAGUCUGAACAGGAUUCUUUGGAAAUUGAUGUGAAAGACUUAACGACUAGAUGCACGAAUGACGUAAUUGCAUCCUGUGCCUUUGGCCUUAAGGUCAAUUCUUAUAUGGAUAAGGACAACCAGUUUUAUACAAUGGGAAAAACUGUUUCAAACUUUACGCUUCGUCAACUACUCAUGUUCUUCAUGUUGAGCUCUUUUCCAAAACUGGCCGGAAUAUUCAAAUUGACUCUGUUCCCGGAGUCGGUACAGAACUUCUACAGGACGCUGGUGAUGGAGACGAUGCAGAACAGGGAACUACAAAAGAUCGUUCGGCCUGACAUGAUACAUCUGUUAAUGGAAGCUAGGAAAGGCAAACUGACCCACGACGAGGAAUCAAGCCAAGACAAGGACGCUGGCUUCGCGGCCGUCGAAGAGUCAUCCUUUGGCAUGAGGCAAGUCAACAGAGUAUGGUCCGAUGACGACCUUAUCGCCCAAGCCAUCCUGUUCUUCGUAGCUGGCUUCGAGACCGUAUCUUCUGCCAUGUCAUUCCUGUUGUACGAGCUGGCUAUCAAUCCUGACAUGCAAGAGAAACUGUACCAGGAAAUCAGAAAGAACGACGCCCAGAACAAAGGAAAAUUUGACUAUAAUUCUGUACAGAAUAUGGUUUAUAUGGAUAUGGUGGUAUCAGAAACGUUAAGGUUAUGGCCACCAAGUUUUGCCCUGGACAGAUACUGUACCAAAGACUACAACAUGGGCAAACCUAAUGACGAAGCUACUGAUGAGUACAUUAUCCGCAAAGGCGAUGGUCUUCAGAUCCCGGUAUUCGCGAUCCACCGCGACCCUAAGUACUUCCAGAACCCGGACAAGUUCGACCCUGAGAGGUUCUCUGAAGAGAACAAACAUAAGAUCCAGCCCUUCACCUACAUGCCGUUUGGACUUGGACCCAGAAAUUGUAUCGGUUCAAGAUUCGCCCUCUGCGAACUGAAAGUAAUGACAUAUCUGCUCCUAAACUCCUUCGAAGUGUCGCCAUCUAAGAAAACCCCUAUACCUGCCAAAAUGGAGCCUUCCUCGUUUAACAUUUGCAUAAAGGGGGGUCAUUGGGCCCAAUUUCGGACUCGGAAGGAGGUGUAAAUGAAAAUUAAUAUAAAUUAGAAAUCCAUCCUAAUGAAACAAACACUAUGGUUUCGUUUUUUUAAUUAAUUCAUGACAGUCAUUGUAUUCCAUACCAAAUUUGA